AUGGCUAAUGAUGACCUUAAGAAAAUGUUGAUGGUGGAAAUGUUCAGCUGCGUGCCUAUGUCGGCCAUCUUCGACAUCGACAAUCCUACGCGGAGGUGCAUAGCAUGGGUGCCGUUCUACCUUACGCAAUCUGCAGUCGACGUUGUCAUCAACUUGGUCUUGGUGUUGUUUCCCUUGCCCCUGCUGGGUAUAUUGAAAAUUGACAAGAAGCAACGCUAUGCACUUGUUAUCAUCUUCUCCAUCGGGCUUUUACCUCUUGUAGCAUCCAUCAUUCGGAUGUGCCAAAUCGCGAUCGCAGUCCGCACAAAGGCCUCAACGAGACCUACUGGAGAUGCAAGCUGGGAAGGUCGUUGGAUUCCACUCUGGUCACAGAUCGAGGUCGAUGUAGGCAUCGUCGCCGCCUCCCUCCCAAGCCUUAGUCCACUCUUGAAGCAGAUAUGGUCCGGUCUCGCACACUCACGAACGAUGUCUCCGUCACACAUCCCCACGCUCAUCGAGUCGGGCUUCAACAAUGGAGGCGGGGAGACGCAAGGACUCCAGAAGCUUCCUAGCACCAUAUCCACGCUCCCAAAUGAGUCUGUUUCCACUCUUGGUAUGUUCCCGAACAAAUCAGUCUCGACUCUCGGCGAGCAGGAUAACGCAAAACGUUUGACGUUCUUUGAUGAUUCGGAGGAAGGAGAGCUCGAUGGCGAGGCGUUCCCGGACCCGUACGGCGCGACGAAGAUUGGAGUGGCGAGGACGCUAAACACGAGGCUAUCGAGGGCAACAUUCGUGGAUCUGCCUGUCUCGCCCCGACGGAGCAAUGGCUUUACUGGUCUCUCGCUUCCGAACGCUGCUGUUUGA